UCAUAUAUCCGAACCUUGUAUACAAAAUUCAAAGUAACGAAAUAAAAGAAGAAAACCACCAUAAGAAUAAUUUCCUUCCAUCUAGCCAAACAAUAAUCAUAAAUUGUUCAUGGUUUUGAUUUGUUCAUGGUAAUCAGUGUUGAACGGUGAGGAUCCUUUUAGUCAUCAACAGCCUGCGUUUCGCGUGGUUCAGAUCCUGCGGUGUGUUAUUUAGUGGAAUUUCUGCAACAAAAGAAAGAAGUAUUCUUUGGCUUGGAUCAAUUCAUACUACAACUUUUCCAAAGUAAACGACGUCGUACGCGACUGUGCCAUAUGUGAACCAACCAUACAAAAUAUUUCAAGUGCUCUGUCUUAAUAAUAAUAUAACCAGCUCAUCGAUCUAAAGAUAUUUGAACAGAAAUCUAAGCUUUUUUCUGGUUUGGGAGCUGCUACAGCUAUUAGCCGGAGGAGAAAGAACCGGUUGUCCAAGCUUAAUAAGCAAGAGCGUACCGGCUGAAGAAAAAAGUAAGAACAGAAAAAAAUGAGAGAAUACACAGAGGGACUUUGGGCUAAAUUCAAAGAAACUGUUUGGCAGCCAAUUACAAAAUAUACAACUAAAACCUCUGCUCUUUUCAUUUCUAUGUUCACCCUUUUCAUUGGGGCCAUUCUCUCCAUGCACUUCUUCAACACCAAUAAUAUUCUAAGCAGCAUAUCAUUCCACAACUCUCAAAAGUACCCCAAACAUCUUAUGAACUGCACUGCUUACGGACCCACAAGAGCUUGCCCAUCAAAUUACUCGUAUACUCCCUUCAAUCCCAAAUUAGAUCGGGACCAUUCAUUAUCUCCCACGUGUCCUGAAUACUUUCGUUGGAUCUACGAAGACUUGAAGCCAUGGGCAUAUACAGGUAUCUCUAGAGAAAUGGUUGAACGGGCUGAAACAAUGGGCCUGGCAAACUUUAGACUUGUUAUACUGAACGGUAAGGCAUACGUGGAGACCUAUAGACAUUCAUUCCAAUCUAGAGAUAUUUUUACUCUGUGGGGAAUCCUACAGUUGUUACGGAGAUACCCAGGUAGAGUCCCUGAUUUGGACUUGAUGUUCAAUUGUGGUGAUCCACCUGUUGUUCUGUCAAAAAAAUUUAGUGGGCCCAACGCCACGUCACCCCCUCCAGUGUUUAAUUAUUGUAAAGAUGAGACUACACUUGAUAUUGUGUUUCCAGAUUGGUCGUUUUGGGGUUGGCCUGAGAUCAACAUAAAACCAUGGGUGGGUUUAUUAAAGGACCUAAAAGAAGGUAACAAGAGAAAAAGAUGGAUUAAAAGAGAACCAUAUGCUUAUUGGAAAGGGAACCCAUCGGUUUCUCCUAAUAGACAAGACCUUUUCAAAUGUAGGGCUUCAAAAACACAAGAUUGGAAUGCUCGUCUUUAUGCUCAGGACUGGGAUCAUGAGGUAAAGAAUGGGUAUAAGCAAUCAAAUUUGGCCCAUCAAUGCACUAAUAGCAGGUUUAAAAUUUAUAUCGAAGGAGCUGCUUGGUCUGUUAGUCAUAAGUAUAUUCUUUCAUGUGAUUCAAUGACUUUGCUAGUAAAGCCACGAUACUAUGAUUUCUUUGCUCGAGGUUUGAUACCAAGGCAUCAUUAUUGGCCCAUAAGAAAUGAUGAUAAGUGUCGAUCCAUAAAAUCUGCUGUUGAUUGGGGGAACUCUCACGAGAAAGAUGCACAAGAAAUUGGAAAAAGAGGGAGUAAAUUCAUUCAAGAGGAGUUGAAAAUGGAGUAUGUGUAUGAUUUCAUGCUUCACAUUCUAAAUGAGUAUGCCAAGCUCUUACAAUAUAAGCCCACUAUACCUCCAAAAGCUACUGAACUAUGUUUAGAGGCUAUGAGUUGCCCAGCAAAUGGGUUAGCAAAGAAAUUUAUGUUGCAAUCAAUGGUGGUGAGUCCUGCAACCACUAGCCCAUGUACCAUAUCUCCUCCUUAUAGUCCUUCGUCUUUAUAUUCACUCUUUCAAAGAAAGGCUAACAUAACUAAUGAAGUAGAGUUACUAGAGAAGAUGUACUGGCAGAGUCAAGAUAAACAAAAGCCAUAAUAUGUUAAUAAUAUUAUUGUAACUAGAUUGGGCUAUUUAGGGUAUUAAUAUUUAGUUGAUGUUAUAAAUUUUAUUUAUUUGGAAUCGAGAUGUUGGAUGAAAGGGAGUUCACAUGCUCCAAAUCGGAAAAUGCAAAAGAAAUAUUUAUCUUAA